AAUCAAGCCAUUUGCUUUCCGUGUCUCCAGAAACGUCUCUCUUGCCGCUGCACGCGACUCGUCUACCUAUGAUAGCAUCGGCUGCAGAAGUUGGACUUGUAGCAUGAAGCAGUAGAAGAAGAAGAAGAAGAAGAAGAUCUUUGGAUCAGAAGGGCUCAGAGCGAGGAGAAGAGGUAAGGGGGUGACAGGUAUCGGAGGCUUAAGCGUAUGGUAGGGUGGGGGGAAGGGCUGAGGCGUAGAGUAAGAGAGUCGGGUAGCAGUGUAGCUGGUCAUGGAUGCUUCUUUCAUCCCACAAAGCAGCCAUGGGACCAUGGAUGAGGACGACGGGGAGAGCUUCUCGAGCGUUCCCGGUGCUUCGACGUCCUCCUCCUCGGACGACAUGGACGACACCGCCUCUUCUGCGUCGCCGACGACGGAGGAGGAGCCGCAUGGUGACGGGCCUCUCUACGAGAUGGCUUCCCUCGUCGCACAGCUUCCGUUCAAGAGAGGGCUGUCGAAGUAUUACCAGGGGAAGUCGCAGAGCUUCACGUCUUUGUCCAGUGUGAGGUGCCUGGAGGAUCUUGCCAAGCCGGAGAAGCCACAAAGGAAGAAGAUGAAGCCGUGCAAGAGUUACGGGUGGGGAUUGGACAGCCAGAGAUCACUGUCUCCAAAGGAGUCCUCCAGAACCAUCACCAAGAAGGCUUCCAGGGGCCCGUUGUCCUCUCUCGGUGGAAGGAAGCACAGCUUUGUUAGUGGCGGCAGGCCUCCUGUGGCUCCUCAGAGAUCAAACAACUUCUCAAGCCAAACCCUUUUGUUUGCCUGAUGACUGUUCAAGCAAGUAUUAGAUGCCAAUGCAAUGCAAUCUUCCGUGUCUCCUAAACAAAGAGACAUGAUAUCUGAUCAUGAUCUGAGGGAGAGCCAAAUCUAGCUUCAGUAGACUGUCAAAGCUUCCUACAAAGUAUGUGUGUGAUAUCAAAUGAAAAAGGAAGUUUAAUUCUACAA